GUUUUUUUUUUUUGCACUAAACGAGCGGCUGUGAUUAGGCACCAGACCCACCAUGUGUGGAGGCAGCGCGCUCAGGCUGCUGUUGGCGUCGUGCGUCGGCGCUGCGGUGAACUGCAUGCCCAAAUCCACGCACCGGAGUCGGCGACAGGCGCAGCAACAUCACGUCUCCUCCGUGUCUCAAGAGGGUUGUAUAGAGAACGGUCACGUCUAUGGCAUUAAUGACCAAUGGGAGAGGCAGUACUUGGGCAGCACUCUGAUCUGUACCUGCCAUGGAAUCGCUGGCAUCAAAUGCAAAAGUAAACCUGAAGCAGAGGAGACGUGCUAUGAUAAGAUCAACCAGCGGUCCUACACUGUGGGAGAAACCUACGAGAGGCCCAAGGAUGGUAUGAUCUGGGACUGUACCUGUAUCGGUUCUGGGAGAGGCAAAAUCAGCUGCACCAUCGGCAAUCGCUGUCAUGAGGGUGGAGCUUCAUAUAAGAUAGGAGACACCUGGAGGCGACCCCAUGAAACAGGAGGCUACAUGUUGGAGUGCGUCUGUCUGGGUAACGGCAAAGGAGAGUGGACCUGUAAACCUGUCGCUGAGCGUUGCUAUGACAACUCUGCUGGAACUUCUUAUGUUGUUGGGGAGAUGUGGGAGAAGCCGUACCAGGGAUGGAUGGUGGUGGACUGCACCUGCCUGGGAGAGGGAAGUGGACGAAUCACAUGUACCUCCAGAAACCGCUGUAACGACCAGGACACUUUGUCUUCCUAUCGUAUUGGAGAUACGUGGACCAAGACGGAUGCAAGAGGCAACGUGCUCCAGUGUCUGUGCACGGGGAACGGCCGCGGGGAGUGGAAGUGUGAACGACAUGCCUCCCUUCACACCACCAGCCUGGGCACUGGCUCUCGUGUGAUCACCAACAUCCACCCUGUCCCCGUCCCUGUCCCUGCGCUUCAUCAGGAGGGGACCUGUCGGACGGAUACGGGAGUGACCUACUUCCUCGGUCAGCGCUGGAUUCGUAACCAGGGGGCCAAACAGAUGAUCUGCGUCUGUCUGGGCAGUGGAGUCAGCUGUGAUGAAUGGGCUGGGCCAGCUCCGGUGUACGGAGGGAACUCUGGAGGUCAGCCCUGUGUGUUUCCUUUUGUCUACAAGGGGAAAACGUACCACUCUUGUACCUCAGAUGGACGCAGUGACGGCCAGCUCUGGUGUUCUACCUCACCUGACUUUGAGACUGACCAGAAAUACUCUUUCUGUACACAGAAGAAUGUGAAUGUGGCAACACGUGGUGGUAAUUCUAAUGGCGCCCUCUGUCAGUUUCCCUUCCUCUACAAUGGCCGAAACUAUACUGACUGUACUGCUGAUGGUCGCCGAGACGGCAUGAAAUGGUGCGGCACUACGACAAACUAUGAUGCAGAGCAACGUUUUGGAUUCUGUCCCAUGUCUGCGUAUGAAGAAGUGUGUACAACCAAUGAAGGGCUGAUGUACCACAUUGGAGACCAGUGGGACAAGCGACAUGAUGUUUUGGGUCAUAUGAUGCGAUGCACCUGCGUUGGCAAUGGACGAGGAGAAUGGAGCUGCGUUGCCUACUCCCAAAUUAAAGACCAGUGUAUUGUGGAUGGCCUGACCUACGAGGUGAACCAAACCUUCACCAAACAGCAUGAGGAAGGCUACAUGAUGAACUGCACCUGCUUCGGACAAGGGCGUGGCCGUUGGAAGUGUGAUGCUAUUGACCAGUGCCAGGAGCCUGAGACAAGAGCAUUCUAUCACGUUGGGGAAUCAUGGGACAAAAUCAUCCAUGGAAUCAUGUAUAAGUGCUACUGCUAUGGCAACGGCAUUGGAGAGCUCAGCUGUGAACCCCAGCACUCCUACACUGGUGGACACCGCCCUGUUCAGGUCAUCAUAACCGAAUCUGAAAAACAACCAAACUCUCACCCUAUUCAGUGGAAUGCCUCACCAUCUGCACACAUCACCCAGUUCAUCCUCAAGUGGAGAGUGAAAAACAGCCACAGCUCAUGGAAUGAGGUGGUGAUCCCUGGCCAUCUGAACUCCCACACCAUCUCUGGUUUGAAGCCAGGUAUCACUUAUGAGGGUCAGCUGAUCAGCGUGCUGCAGUUUGGACAUCGAGACACUACUCACUUUGAUUUCACAACCACUCAUGGAUCAUUGGCUACGACACGUGGUGAGACCACCCAGCUGCCGCCUGUGGUUGACACGUCAGAGUCUGUGACCGAAAUUACCUCCAGCAGCUUUGUCAUCUCCUGGGUGUCUGCUUCUGACACGGUAUCUGGAUUCAGAGUCGAGUAUGAGCUCAUUGAACAGGGGCAGAACACUGGACAACCCAUGGUGCUGGAUCUGCCUCGUACAGCAACUUCGGUGAACAUUAAUGAGCUUCUGCCUGGGAGGAAGUACAGUGUUAACGUCUAUGAGGUCACCGAAGGUGGAGAAGACAACCUGAUUCUCACGACAUCACAGACAACCGCCCCAGAUGCCCCAUCUGACCAUGAAGUGGAGGAUGUUGGAGAAACAUCCAUUGUAAUCAGCUGGGAAAAACCACUUGCUCCCAUCACUGGUUACCGUGUUGUCUACACCCCAUCUGUCGAAGGGGAAAGCACAGAGCUGAACCUCCCUGACACAGCUACUUCUGUGACACUGAGUGACCUUCUACCUGGUAGACCGUACAACAUCAGUAUCUAUGCUGUGGAGGACACCCUGGAGAGCGAGCCCAUUUUUGUGCAGGUCAACACUGCUGGAGAGCCACUGUUAGAAGAGGUGGAGUCUCCAACUGACCUGCAGUUCUUUAAUAUGUCUGACAAUAAGAUUAUUCUGAGCUGGUCCGGCCCAGCCAAAGGCGUUUCCGGUUACCGGGUGACUGUUGUCUCUGUGGAUGAGGGUGGUGCUCCCCAGAAGGAGCUGACUCUGCCUGUCAGUCAGAACUCCUAUGUUGAAGUAACUCACCUCCGCCCGGGAACACUGUACCACUUCAGUGUCUACAGUAUUCACAACGGAGAGGAAAGUUUGCCACUCAUUGGGGAGCAUAUUACAAAGCCGGAUGCACCCUAUGAUAUCCAUUUCACCAAUGUGACAGAGGACAGUGCUGUAAUGCUGUGGCAGGCACCGCAUGCAAAAAUCACCGGCUAUCGACUUUUCCUCACUGUCGAAGGCUCAAACCCCGAACAGCUCCGCCUUCCUGCGCGCCUGGUUCAAUACACUCUCCUCAACCUGAGACCUGAUACGACAUACACGGCGAUACUACACGCAGAGCAAGACACCACACUGAGUGAAGGAGAGACUGCUGUGUUUACCACCAACCCACCAAUGGGUAACGCUCCUGAUUUCAGCACAGAUGUGACUGACACCUCUAUUGUAAUCUCCUGGAGUCCAGUGCCCCGCAUUGGAUACAAGUUGACGGUACACCCCAGUCAGGGCGGUGAAGCCCCCAGAGACGUGACCUCUGACUCUGGAAGUAUUUAUAUUACUGGGUUGACUCCAGGAGUGGAAUACACCUACAGCGUGCAGCCUGUCAUUAACGGCCACGAACAUGGCUCUCCAAUCACACGGCGUGUGGUCACGCCAAUCUCUCCUCCCACUGAUCUGAACCUGGAGUCUCACCCAGGAACCGGAGCGGUAACUGUCCACUGGAUCGGAGCCAGUACACCAGACAUCACUGGAUACAAGGUGACCUACAUUCCCACUAAUGGGCAGCAAGGGGAAAGUGUGGAAGAAUUUGUGGAGACGGGAUACAACUCCUACACCCUGGAUAACCUCAGUCCAGGAGUGGAGUACAAUAUCAGCAUUGUUACUGUGAAGGACGAUAUGGAGAGCGUUCCCAUAUCUGCUACCAUUACACCUGACGUCCCCCAGUUGACCGACCUCACUUUCGAUGAUGUGACUGACACCACUAUCAGUCUCCGAUGGUCUCCACUGAACACCACCGCCAUCACCGGAUACCGCAUCACUGUGGUGGCAGCCGGAGAGAGCGUGCCCAUCUUUGAAGAUAUGGUGCUGCCAACAACGGGUGUUUAUACGGUCUAUGGACUGGAACCUGGUAUCGACUAUGACAUCAGUGUGAUCACUGUGACUGAGAAUGGCGAGAGUGAGCCGACCACACUCACUCAGCACACAUCUGUACCAGCUCCGACUGAUCUGAGCUUUGGCCAGGUUGGGCCGUACAGUAUGGAGGUCAGUUGGGUCGCUCCUCAUGUCCCCAACCCCGCUGACAUCAACAGCUUCCUCAUCAGUUAUGGCCCCGUUGAUGGAUAUGAAGAUGCAUUUACACGGACUAGCGUCGGAGGCACAACUAACAAUAUGGUGCUACAGAAUCUGUUUCCGAACACUGAGUAUUUGGUGAGUGUGGUGUGCAUUUAUGAACAAAGGGAGAGCUCGCCUCUUGUCGGCACCUACAGAACAGCACUGGACUCACCGGUGGACCUGCAUUUCUCGGAAAUCUUCACCAACUCCUUCACAAUCCACUGGCGUGCUCCACAGAGCCCGAUCACGGGUUAUCGUGUCCGCUACAAGAUGCCCACCACCGGCAGGUUCAAGGACGAGAGGUUGCCCCCCUCCAGGAACCAUUACACUCUGACGGGGCUCAUCUCAAAUACUGAAUACGAGGUCUUAGUUUACGCUGUGAGCGGGACACAUGAGAGCCUGCCACUCAGGGGGAAACAGAAGACGACUUCUGAUGCUCCCACAGACCUGGAGGUGCUGGACUCAACACCCACCAGCAUCACUAUCCACUGGCUGGCACCCCCUGUUACUGUGCGAUACUACAGGAUUACUCACGGCGAGUCAGGAGGCCACAGCAAUCCAAAGGAGUUCACAUUACCUGGAACUCAGUCCACUGCUACAAUCACUCACCUGAAGCCAGGCACUAAUUACACUGUGACUGUGUAUGCUGUGACGGGUAGAGGAGACAGCCCUGCAACCAGCACGCCUGUCCAUGUCACACACAAGACUGGCAUUGACUCUCCUGCAGAGAUGGAGGUGAUGGAUGUAAAGGACAGCAGUGUCACGGUGAGAUGGAGCCCAGCUCAGGGACCAAUCAAAGGCUACAGGGUGACUGGGGCCCCCAGACAUGGGCAGGGUCCUUCUUUUUCUGAAGUGGUGGCUCCAGACCAGACAGAGAUUACAUUCUCAGGCCUGAUGCCCACAAUGGAGUACACUUUGAGUGUGUAUGCUCUGGGGCAAGAUGUUGAGAGUACUCCAGUUGUGGUGAAUGCUAUAACAAGUGUAGACCGUCCCAAGGACCUGACCUUCUCUGACAUUGAUUCUACGUCUCUGCGGAUGUCCUGGGACAGUCCUGAGGGAGUUGUUACCUCUUACAGAGUCUUGUAUUCAAGUCCGGAGGAGGGUGAGAGAGAGUUAUUCCCUGCACCCAGAGGAGACGCUGAGUCUGCUGCUAUCCAUGGUCUUAGACCUGGCACUGAAUACACUGUGAAAGUCAUUGCUCUUCAUGAUCGCACAGCCAGCACACCAGUGAUUGGCACACAAGCUACAGCAAUCUCCCCACCAACAAGUCUCCAGUUCUCUCAGGUCAACCCGUCCUCUUUCAGCAUAAGCUGGACUGUGCCAGGUCAGGAAAACAGGCUGAGUGGCCUCACAGGCCUUACGGGGUACCGUGUAGUGGUGAACCCUAAGAAUAAGAGCGGCCCUACCAAAGAGCUGAAUCUGGCCCCGGACACCUCACAGGCACAUAUCUCUGGACUUAUGGCUGCAACUGCCUAUGAGGUUCAUGUGUACGCCUUGAAGAAUUCUCUGACCAGCCGGCCAGUCCGAGGAGAAAUCAACACUCUGGACAGUGUCAGCACUCCUCGGCGUGUACGCAUCUCUGAUGUUAAGGAUUCUUCUUUCACACUCACUUGGCGCUCUAAGACAGAAAAAGUGUCUGGCUUUCUUAUUGAGGUUACACCUACUUCCCCUACUGGCCACAGUCCUGUACACAGGACCAUCAGCCCAGAUUCACGCUCAUACACUGUCACAGGUUUGGAACCAGGCACCCAUUAUAAAAUCAACGUCUAUACACUGAAAGGAACACUGCGCAGCACACCUUUUACACUCACUGCUACCACAGCCAAACCCGUCGUCAUCCCAGCUUCCAAUAUCCGUUUUACUUCACUGAAUCCUAACAGUAUUUCCUUCACAUGGGAGCCAUCUCCGAGUCCAGGGGUCACUGGGUAUUAUGUCACCUAUGAGGAGGCCGGAGGAUUGCCUCGCGAAGUCAUCCCAAGACCCCAUCCCAGCCAGAGAUAUGCUAGCAUCAGUGGUCUGAAUCCAGGAACAGAAUAUGUCAUUAAGAUUGUUGCCCUGCAGAAUGCUUUGAGGAGUACGCCUCUAGUGGGCAAGGCCAGAACACAGCCAGCUCCCGAUCACCAGCUGAUUCCUGAUCUUUCCCACCUCCCUGUCCCUCACCGACCCAGCACUGACAUCCUGGAUGUUCCAGAGACCUUCAGUGACAAGAUUUUCAAUUCCAACCAGGUUCACUUAGCUGGUACUAGUGGGCAGAAUCAACCAGGCCAGCAUGGCCAGCGCAUCUACACAGAGUACCAGAACCUAGGCCCCAACAACAGACUUAAUGGCCAUUACAAUGGACCCAAAGAGGGCCAGAGACCCAUUCUCAGAGAGCCCUUGAUCUACAUCCCUACAGCAGACCCUGAUGGAAAUAGAGUACCCCUGGUCAAGGUGAAUGAAGGCUUUCAGGCGGGGCUUCCUUUUGGUUUCCCUGACAACGAGACAGAAUUGCCCCAAGAAGCACAGACAUUUACAACGAUCUUGUGGCAACAAAUCCCUCAGACGUCCGAGUACGUGGUGUCCUGUAAUCCCAUCACACACCUGGAGGAAAGGGACUUUCAGAUGCGUCUUCCCGGGACUGCCAACCGUGCCACAUUGAUUGGAUUGACAUCCGGAGCGUCCUAUAAUGUUGUCGUAGAAGCCGUGAGGGGCACUGCUAGAGAGAAGGUUCUGGAGGAAGUUGUCACAGUUGGCAAUGCUGUUCCAGGUGACAUCCCCAUUUCCACCAUCCAGGAUGUGUGUUACGACACAUUCACUCACACCUACCAUGAGGUGGGCUCAGAGUGGGAGCGCAUGUCUGACACUGGCUUCAAGCUGUGGUGCCGUUGCCUGGGCCUAGGCAGUGGUCAUUUUAGGUGUGAUUCAUCCAAGUGGUGUCAUGACAACGGUAACAACUACCGCAUCGGUGAAAAGUGGGAUCGCCAUGGUGAAAAUGGUCACAUGAUGAGCUGUACCUGUCUGGGCAACGGAAAGGGAGAAUUUAAAUGUGAACCCCAUGAGUCGACAUGUUAUGAUGAUGGGAAAAUGUAUCAGGUGGGAAACCAGUGGCAGAAGGAAUACCUCGGCGCCAUCUGUACAUGCACAUGCCAUGGAGGCCAACAGGGCUGGCGAUGUGAGAACUGCAGGAGGCCUGGAGGACAGACUGACGUGGAUGCUGACCUCCUGCAACCUGUUCGUUCAGAUGUCUUUGACCGCUACAGAGAAAACGCUCUCCGCAAACUGAACAUCCACUGUCCCAUUGAAUGUUUGAGACCAGAGCUGCUCGCAGAUGCUCAGAGUCCCUCAAAGAAGUGAGGAUGGGUGCAUCAACAAGUGGGACCUCAUACACCACCACCACCACCUUCUCCUCUUUGUAUUAACAAGGACUUUUCCACAUUCCCGUACCUCAAAGACAGUCCCCGAGCCUAAUUUCUUGUUUUUAGGAAAGUCUUCACACCACUUUAGUGCCUUAAUAUGACUUUUCUCCACCAAUUUGAGCUUUUACAAAGACGUGUUUAAUGGUGCAACAUUUGAUCACAGGUGUUUCUGAGUUAGAUGGGUUUUUUGUUUUGUUUUGUUUUACACCAAUCUGUCACAGUGUUGCUGCUUUAUCACCACAAAUAAUUCUUCUCCACACUUAUACACCAGCUGCAGUAUUGCUGUAUAGUUACUUGUUUUUGUCCAAUUCCACACAUUCUAGUUCUGGGUAUUUUCUUCAUUGACCAGAUGGCACAUGCCAGUCAAGAUCUGUAAAUGUAGCAGAAAGUGCACAGUUUGCAUAAUUAUGGAAUAUAUUUGUAGCCGCAUUUGAUGUAUUUCCAGUUAUUUUCAGUGUCACUAUGACAUAUUUGGAAAAUGUCCUGUAGGUAAUGACACCUUAUUUUAUUUUCAAGAGUGACGUGGUAUGCUAAGACUUUACAAAUCCAUGCAGUAUUCCCUUUAUUGCUCAAAUGUGUUUUGUGAAAUGAGACACAGUUGAGGUCAACUUCUGUCUUGCGUUUAGUGACUCUGAAAGUCCGUUGGAUGGAAAUUAAAGGGGUCAUAUUCAGGUAAAUAUUGUUGUAUUUUAAUGUUAAUAAUGCCAAUUAAUAAGUCCCACGAUUCCAUGAUUGUGCAUGUAGAAAAUACCUUGUUGUAUGCAAAAUUUAGAGAUUCAUAUGCUCCAAAGAGAAAGUAGGUGUGUCAACCAGCAGCUUCUUUCCAUUUAAAGCAGUAGACACAAAAAAAAUCACUUCUUUGAGACACAAUUUUUGCUUUUUUUGGGGGGGGGGGUCACCUACAUCCAGGAUAUUUUGGCACAAUCUUUUAAUGUUUUUAAUCUAGGCCAGAUUUCACAAUUAAAAUUGUGUGAUAUGACCUCUUUAAGUAGACUUUAUUAAGUAGACUCUGCAAUGAAGAUGUAGUGAUCUGUAAUUGCUCUUUUUGUCCUGCCAGUGUCCUGCUUUGUCAUGGCCAGUCUGGCUAAUCCCUAGGAUUUCUCCUUAAUGUGCAAGAUGUUUAUAAGAAAACAGUUUUAGAUUUGCACUCUUACUUUUGAUAUUAAGACAUACUUUUCACUAUUGGCUUAAGUAGUCACUGUGCAAAUGUGAUUCUAUCUGCAGUAAUAAUUGUUACUAAAUUAAAAUGGUGGCUAGUCACUAAAUAUAUAAGGUACAGCUUACUACACACACACACACACACACACACACACACACACAUAUAUGAACAGUUAAAGGCCAAAGCUGACUGACCACAAGAUUGUCAUGACCCCCCACCCCCCCCCCCACCCCAAAAAAAAUCUAUUGUAUGAAAUGUUAUUUUCUUCCUGGUGCAGUUCAUUUUAAUUCUAGUCAUUUUUUUCCUCUUUUUAAUUCAUUUUUUAUUUAUCCCUUUUAUUCAGGCAUUUUGUUGAAUGCUAUUCUAGGGUGUACACUUUGUUUAACAUGUUUUUAUAUUGUUGGUGCCAAACUCUGAACUACUGUGGACUGAAACUUUUUAAUAAACAGAGGAAAAAA